AUGUCCAACAACCCCUCUUCCUCCACAGAUGAAAGCCGUUGGAAACGAUGGGGCAAAACAGCAUUCGACAAAUCCAUCGUCGUCUCCGACUGGGCAUCGGGCUAUGCCAACUCCGCAUCCGCCAAGCUCGGUGGUGAACGGUUCUGGCCCAAGAGCAACGACUUCCCCGAAGAAAUUGCUAAAUGCGAGCGCAUUCUCCGAGCUUUCACCGUCGAAGGUGUCGAAACAAAACCCUCUCCCACCCCGAAAGAUGGCGAAGCCGAAGAUGAUAAAGUAGUGGCGAAGGAAAAGGGAAAGGAAAGCUUUAUAAAGAAGAAGCGUAAAGUGCUGCGCAAGAUCCCUCCUCAAGUCAUUAAGCGAGCGAAAGGUAUUGUGAUAUACACAGCGAUGCGAUCUGGUAUUGCGCCCUUUGGCGGUGCUGGUGGAGCAGGACUGAUGCUGGCGAGAUUGCCGGAUGGAAGUUGGAGUGCUCCUUCGACUAUCAGUCCGAACAAUCUUGCCGUUGGUCUUCUACUAGGGUUCGACAUCUUUGAUGUGAUACUGGUGGUGAAUACGGAGAGAGCUAUGGAGACGUUCAAAUCGCACAAGGUGACACUGGGAGCUGAAACAGCAGUUGCAGCAGGACCUUUCGGUACAGGUAUCAGCGCUGAAAUGGGUAUUGAUCGCUCCCCUGUUUUCUCCUACGUUCGUUCUAGAGGGUUGUACGGAGGAGUGGAAGCUAUGGCACAAGCUUUCUUGCACCGAUUCGACGAAAACGAACGCAUAUACUACUGGCCUGGGAUCACGGCACGCGAUAUUUUGGAAGGAAAAGUGAGGAAACCUUCCCUCGUUGACCCUCUAUACCGCGCACUGCGCGAUGCCGAAACAGGUGUUGCGCAGGGUGACUCGCUCGAGCGAACCGUAUACGAGAACAUCCAUGCCCCUCCCAACGUAGCAGUGCGUCAACUGCAGCUGGAAGAAUCAGCAGAGCUACUUCAAGAUGGCGAGAGGCUGAAACUUCCCCCUACGCCAGAGGAGUUGGAGGCCUUGGAAGAAGCUGGUAUUCCCGACGACUUGGAUCUGGCGCUGGAGAAGAAGGAAAAGGAAGAAGCAAAGAGGAGGGAAGAAGAGGAAAGAGCUGCGGUCAGGGCUUUGCCUCCACCACCCAGACACAAGAAGGUGGCGGGGUACUGGGAGAACAGAGGAACUACACCGGGUGGGAAGAGGAGAGUUGCUCCUUCGCCGCUGCACUUCCAGAGCGCAGAGCAGAAAACGGCGCCAGAGGACGAGGGAAAGAUGGAGUCGAUUGACCUUUACGAUCCAGAGCCACCUAAGCCAGCGCUACCACUUCGUCGACUCCAUGGUGUUGAUUCCCUUGCCGACGAGCUCAAUCGAAGUACCCUCGACCAAGUAUCGAGAGAACAGGGAGUGGAUCUCCCGGCAUACGAAGCAGGAGAAGCUUCGAUCCCAUUGCAUAGCGAAAUCAAGACGCAAGCUGCUACGAUCGAUGCCUCUUCCGAGCCAGUCGCACUCAUCGCCAGCUCUCCAACAUCAUCCGUAGCCCCUGUCUCCGCCGUUCCCACGGACCUAACCAACGACUCAGAAUUGCUCUCCCGCUCAUCCUCCCUCACUCGCCCGUCCCGCCCGCCUCGUCGAGCAGCAGCUACACGGUCCACUCCUGCCACUCCCACCACCGCUGCUACAGACAUCAUUUCUUCUGGCGCUUCGGCACCCAAACUUCGUCUCUUCUUCGACUGGGACGAAACAAUUACCUCCUCCGACACACUUUCCCUCAUCGCUCCUCCAGAUUCCACCCAGCUACACGGUCCUAGCUUCGACCACUACACAGAAGCGUACAUGUCUGAUCUCUCCACCUACUUUUCAUCUCACUCUGAGCCCGACUCUUGGUCUGCUCAGCUAGAGUUUUUGGCCGGGAUUGACGAGGUCGAGGUUGCUUCCGUUGGGCGAGUGGAAGAAGGAGGACUGUUCAAGGAUAUGCCCAAAACCGAACUGCUGCAGCGCGCUGAAAAGGUACAGUUUAGGGAUGGCUGGGACACAUUCUACUCCUGGCUCGCUGAACAAUCGAGAGAAGGAACUAUUGGUGCAGCAGACGUAAUCAGCGUUGGUUGGAGCGCAGACUUUAUCCGUCAAGCAAUCACCAACCCAGCAGAUGGUAACGAUGCCGGAAUCAGCAAAGUUUACGCAAACGAAAUAGACAUGGACGAAGAUGGAAAGGGAACAGGGAAGUUGACCAAAUCUUUACCACUCAGUCUGCUGAAUCUGGCUGGAGGAAGCAGAGGCGGGAUUAGGACUGGAAUUCACAAGCUUGAGAUCAUGCAAGCUCUCGCAAAGGAGGAAGAAGUAGUGAAGGUAUACGUUGGAGAUUCGACUACAGAUCUACCCUGCUUAGUCAACGCGGAUUUCGGGCUGGUGAUGAAGAACAAGGAUGGGUUUGAGGAGUCAUCGAUCGGCAAGACUAUUGCAAGAGCCAAGCCGCCGAUCAAAAAGCUUUACAAGGAUCACACAGACUUCCUGCAAGCGGGGGAGAAAGAGGAAGGCGGAGUGCUUAUUAGGGUCGAAGACUGGACACAGGCUUUAGAUGUGAUUCAGAAGAUUCAAGAGCUGUCGUUCUCACAGGAACGCAAUCGAAAGAGCAUUGCAAGGUGA